UAUUAAUUUUUCAUUUGUAAUAGUUGACCAUAUUAGUGAGAUUGUUUGCAAGUCUUGUCUUGUAGCGCCAGGUAUUGAAUGCAACAAGUUUGUGUACUGUAUGCUCUUUUAAUAUAAUCAUAUUGAAAACUAUAAAACUAUUUUCUUUUCAAUAAAUCAAUUUAUUGGUCUAGUUUAUAUUGAUAUUGUAAAAAUGUCGGCGACAAACAUAAAAAGUUUAUACGAAUUGAGCAAGCAGGAGGAUGGGCUGCUAAUUAUAAAAAAAUGUAUCGAAUGGGGUAUUUUGGAGGAAGAACUGGAGUGCCCAAAUUGUAAGAAAAAUAUGAUUAUAAGAAGGGAUGUCCAACGUAUCGACGGAUACAAAUGGGUUUGUCGAGGAACGAUUAAAAUAAAGGGGAAAAAACCAAGAAAAUGUAAUUUUUCACAAUGCUUGCGGAAAGGAACUUUCUUCGCCAAAUUCAACUUACAGUUGUGGCAAAUUUUAGGAUUUGUUUUACUGUGGACCAGGAAUGUACCGAGCAGUGCAUUGAUGAUAGAGGUGGAAAUAUCUAAAAAUACCGCAGUUGAUUGGGGAUCGUUCUGCAGAGAGGUGGCAUUCCAUGCAAUUUCAGAGCAGAAGGAAAAAAUUGGAGGUGAAGGCCAUGUAGUACAGAUUGAUGAGUCAAAAUUCGGAAAAAGGAAAUAUAAUCGAGGAAAAAGAGUAGAAGGGCAAUGGGUCUUCGGGGGGAUUGAUGUUGGUACUGGCCACUGUUUCAUGGAUGCAGUGGAAGACCGAUCUUCCCGAACACUUAUCCCAAUCCUUGAAAAAUAUGUCCUUCCUGGAACCACUGUGGUUUCAGAUUUGUGGAAGGCAUAUGACUGUUUGGAGGAGAGAGGGUUUCAUCACCUUACCGUCAAUCAUAGCUUGAGCUUCAAAGACCCAGUUACUGGUGCUCAUACCAAUAAUAUUGAAGCAUCAUGGAAUGCUGUGAAGACCGCUCUACCAAGAUACCAUAGAAAAAAGGCAUUUUUCCCCGGCUAUCUGGCCAAAUACCUGUUCCUGAAAGGGUGCAAAUCACAAGGAAAAAACCCUUUCAUUGAAUUUUGCAAGGCUGCCGGAAGUCUCUACAAGCCUGAAAAUAAAAUGGUUAUGGAGCAAGAUGUAGAAAUCGACGAAGAAAUCGAAGAAGUUGAUUUCAAUUAG